CUUAUUCUUUAUAAAGGUCAGGAACGAGCCGCAGCUCCCGUGCAUUUGCCGUGAUGCCCGGGAACCAUGGGAAUACCACGACCCGACUGCGUUUGGGAACCGAGAUGUUGAACACGCUCCACUGAGGCACAGUAUCCUGGGCGGCAGAAAGCAAAUGCUGAAAGAACAACCACAAAAGACUUCCCCGUGAAGGCGAAGGCGCUCCCGGUCCCCACGUCGUCGGAUGGCUCCGAAAGACGAGCUGCAGUAAUGGAAGUCCACGCUCCGUUGAGCUCCGUGGCCAUGAAGCAGCUGACCGGGUAGGUCGGGUCUGCCGUGAGCUCGCCUCACCCUGCCCGCCCAUCGGCUCCACCUGAGAGCCCGACGUCGAGAGCUCUACCCGCGCCCGCCGCCUCCUCCACCGCGCCUCUGGAAGACGAGCAUGACGAGCGCCGCGGAGACGCCGGUUGAUGUCUGAUAUCCGUUCCUCUGAGGCGUCGAGCGUAAAAGCAGCGGAGCAAUGAAUGGCGGAAAGGACUAUGAGGCGGGGGAUGAGAGGCAGGCCUACUACCCCGUCCAGGUGCCCAUCGGCUGGCAGCGCAAGCCGGAGCACCGCGGCGGGGUCGUGUACAUCAGUCCCAGCGGCUCGGUGCUGUCCAGCUUGGAGCAGGUGAAAAUCUACCUGCUGACAGAUGGAACCUGCAAAUGCGGCCUGGAGUGCCCUCUCAUCCUCCACAAGGUGUUUAACUUCGACCCCGGGGCCGCCGUGAAGCAGAGGACAGCGGCGGAUGUGAAGGCAGACGACGACGUCACCAAACUCUGCAUCCACAAGCGGAAGCUUCUGGCGGUGGCCACGUUGCACAGGAGCAUGGGGGCGCACCCAAGGGGAGGUACAUCGUCUGUGGUCGUUGCGCAUUCCACGUCUCAACGAGCAAUAAGGACUAAACCCCACGACGGCCCGCCCAACGCCGUCGGCCCAGACUGCAAGAAUCCUUUCAAGAUGAUGAUGGCAGCUGGACACCAGCAGCAGAGGUUGUAUGCACCCCAGGAGAUGGGUGGAGCCCAGCAGCUUGACCUCUACGCGGGAUACCCCAGGACGCAUAGGUUGAGCAGUGGGGAGCCAAGACCCAAAUCCCCUUACCGGGUUGGGUACGGAGGCAUGCUGAGCCCACCUCCUUCCAGUGCUCCGCUGUAUGGAGAUGGCUCCCAGUCUCCCAGUGCAGACACUCUGGGCAGCCCUGAUUGCUUUCCAAGGACCAAUCCUCGUGGGUUUCCAGGAGCUGGUAGUCCCGGCUCCGCCUCCAUCCAUGGGAACACUAGGACGCCUCUCUCCCCACACAGUUUGAUGCUCCAUGGCUCCCCCGCGGGCCAGCCAUCUUGCGCCAUGACAGGGAGGACUAGCACGCCCCUCUCCCCUACGGCCACUGCCAAAAGCCCCGUCAUGAACAUGCCUCGGGGGAGCUUCCCCCCUGGUCUGGAUAUGUCUCGCACAGCAUUUCACCAUAAAACACAGCCUCCUGUGCAUCCCGUACCGCCUCCUCCAUCCAUACCAACAUCCUGUGCCCUUCAGAAAAGGCAGUUGACCUAUGAAAAAGACCCCUUAGGCAUCCUGGACCCCAUCCCCAGCAAGCUAGUCAGCCAGCCCCCCACCAACGGCCCAAACCCCUCCAACUUCCAGCCCAAUAUCCACUCUCAGGUACAAAUGAUGAAUGUAAACAUACCCCCUCCUGUCAUCGUUCCCUUGCCAAGCAACUUACCUUUGCCCACAGCGAAGUCUGGGCCUAUGGGGCACGGCGGCCAUGUUCAAAGGACUCAACAAGGUGGUCCGGCUUCCUCCAUGUCCCCCUCCCCUGUCACUUCGCCUGUCCACAUGGCGGGGCCUCUCCUUGGCAGAAUUGAGGCCUCUCCUCAUCGUUCGCGGUCAUCCUCCACCUCCUCUGACCAUGGGAACUUUGCAAUGCCCUCGGGGCACCAGGCCCCUUGUGGAAACAUGAAGGUUCCUCCUCGCUCUCCCAGGUCCGCCAUAGGAUCUCCUCGGCCUUCCAUGCCCUCUAGCCCCUCCACCAACAAAACUGACCCGCAGCACCAAUACAAAGACUCCCAGAUGCUGCCCGGCAUGGGAAACUCGAUUGGCGCCCAGCAGCACAACCCCCUGUACUCGCCCACUUCUUCCUCCUCGUCCUCUUCUUCUCUGGCAACCCCUUGCGCUUCCCAGAAGGGCCACCCAGGACUCCUGGGGAUGCCCCUCAACCAGAUGCUCAACCAACAGAAUGCCACUUCCUUCCCGGCCAGCAGUCUCUUGUCAGCCGCAGCCAAAGCACAGCUAGCAAAUCAAAACAAACUCGGCCCUGCUGGCAUGGGUGGUGGUGGUGGUGGCGUUGGUGGUGGAGGUACUGGAGGAGGCGGCGGACACCCUGGCUCUAUGAGCGGCCCUCGAGGCAUGGAGGGACACAGCACUUUAAACUCAAUGCUCCCGCCAAACUCCCCCAUGCUGCUCACCGCUCCGGAGGGCCAGAGCGGUCGGGCGGCGCUGCGAGAAAAGCUCUUGGCGCAGCAGAGGGACCCCAUGCGCAAGCGCAAGCAGCCGUCGGGCAGCGCCGCCGUAACCCACGACAACAGCAACAACAUGGUCUACAACAUGCUGAACAAACGAGGCAUGGGGGGACCCCACAUAGCGGGGCCCAGUGCCACCGAGCAGCUUCGGAAAGUGGGCCGACUCGGAAACCUUACCCCGAACACCUCCAUGGCCCAGCUCCUCCAGUCCAUGAGCUCCCACAACCACCGCCCAGGGCCGAGCCCCGGCCCGGGGCCUCAGGGAUCUGCACCGCUGCACUACAGCGACAGCACCGGUGUGGUCCCCGCUGGCCCUCAGCAGAACCUCCUAGCUCAGCAGCGGCUUCGGGGUCCAGGGGAGGCCAUGCAGCACUGCCAGAACAUGGACGCCUCCGGGGGCCAUCUGGGCUCUCGUCCAGGCCAGUUCCCUGACAUCAUAGCCCAGAUGCAGGCCUCUUCCAUGAGCACCUGUGGGCCGAUGGGGCCGGGAGGUGGACCCGUGGGCCCCCACGCCAACCCCCCGCCGCUGUCCCAUCCCGGCCCUCACCCCGCACAGCAGAACCUCCUUCACGGUAUGGGGCGGACGAACAUGGUGGUGAUGUCACACGGAGGUGGAGAUGGAGGCUGUCCACAGACCAUCUCUGAUUCGGGUCGCCCGUCGUCCCUCGGCUGCGGUCUGGCCGUCCUGCAGCCGCACGGCAACAGCGGCGUGGGUCAGAUGUACCAGCAGCAGCAGGCCUCCCACCCCGCCUACCAGGCGCAGCAGCACUUCUCCGUCAACCCGCCCUACGCAGACAUGGCCUGCCUCUACCAGAACUACCAGCCGGGGAUGUUGUCUCGCCCGCAGCUCAGGGAGGAGCAGCAGCCGCAAGGCGACGGGCCCCCAGCGGGGCCGCCCGGCGGGGACAGGGGCCCGGGCGGAGGCCCGGAGUCCGUGGACGCCAUCUACAGAGCCGUGGUGGACGCCGCGAGCAAGGGCGUGCACGUAACCAUAACAACCACCGUGAGCGGGACCACGCAGGCCGGCCCGGCGCCCGCCCUCAGCGCCAUGAGUGCCUUCACCGCUUCUAUAGGGGAGCCGGUCCACCUCAGCGCCGCCCUUCACCGGCACCGGGACGGGGAGGGGCCGCCGCAGCAGGCCAGGCCGAGGCAGGCGGCGCCGGGGGGGCGGGGUCACAAGAACACGGAUCUAGGGAAGAGAACUCCGGACGGCCUCGAGGCCAACGACUACUUCCGUUCCCCCGGCCGCGGGACCCCCCGGGGCCAGUGGGACGGGGAGGCGCCGCACGGCGGGGGCUUCGACGCUCACGGCAACAACGGCGCCUGGGGAGGGGAGGAGUUUCUGGAGUGCUCCACCCAGGUGAGGAGCAGCCCCUGCGUGGAGCGCCCGGCCAGCCUGGCCCCCACGCCGCCCCGCCCCGCCGAGGGCCCCGUCGACCACGGCCCGGCCCACGAUAAGAACUUCCUCGACGACGGCUACCGCUUCAACAGCUGCCACCGGACCGCCAGCUACAAGGAGCCGACGGUGGAGCGCUGCGUCCACGUCAACGGCGCCGCCGCCCACUACAACCCGCGGGGCUACGGGGAGCUGCUGGGCCCCCCGCGGCAAGAGCUGACGGGGGACGACCAGUCGCCCAGCUCCUCCACCAGCCUGGAGGGGCCGCUGGCCACGGCCAAGGACUACAGCCACUACAACGGCCACUUCAACGGCAUGGCGCCCAGCCCCUCGGACACCAAGAGCCUCAGCAGCGAGGAGGACCUGCGGCAGCCGGACUCGCCCUCCUCGGACCUGCUGCACUACCGGUCCAGGACCUUCAACAUGGGAGAGCUGGUCUGGGGUCAGCUGAAGGGCUUCCCACCGUGGCCUGCCAAGCUGGCCGGGGAGGAGCCGGUGCACGGCGCCGCUCUGCAGGCCAAGGUGGAGCCCGAGAAGCUGAAGACGCUGACUCACGACUUGGAGGCUCUGGACCGAGCCGCCAAGAGAGGCCUGAAACCGGGGAAACUGAAUAACCACCUGGAAGCUGCUAUCCACGAGGCCAUGAGCGAGCUGGAUAAGAUGUCGGGCACCAUCCCGUCGAGGGACCGCCAGGGGAAGCUGCCCAAGCCCAAGAGGAGGAAGAUCUCCAGAUAACAUCGGGGGACGUCCUCGCGGCCUCCGGAGACUUCAGGUGCUACACGUGGACUUCCUGUGGCUCCGCCUCCCCGUGGCUCCGCCUCCCUGACCGCGGGAGGAGGGAAGCUGAAGAAACGGAGAAAAACUUUGGUUGCGAUUUGUCUACUGCUCACUGAAUUAACUAUUUUUUUCUAGUAUAAGAUAGUAAAACAAAAAAAAGCUACAAGCAUUACCUACAUAUUUAAGAAAAAUAGACAGUCCAAAUAUUUCUGAUACAUUUUCAAUAUGUAUAUAGAUAAUCCUGAAAUUUCAUGCUAUUCAGAAUUGUAUGUAAAUAUUGUACAAUGUCAUGUACAAGCAUACCUAAUGCACAUUUUAUCUUUUAUUGUACAAAAACAAAGUGUACCAACGUCUUGGUUUUAUUCGUGCGGUUGUAUCCGGAAAAAUAAGAAUUCAGCCGAAAGCUUUUAUAAAAACUGUAAGACGUGUUUGUUUUGAUCGUAAGGGAGCAGGCAUGAGGAAACGAGGAUACGAGGAUAUGAGUUCUCCAUUAUGACAGUCCCUUCACACCAGUGUUCAUCAUGGGGGGGGGGGCUUUACCAGCAGAAAUAAUUCGAUGUCCAGCAGGGGGGUGAACGCCGCCCGGCCCCUCGGAUAGGAACGCCAUCGCCGCCACCGGUCGGUUUCUCGAAGGAAAAAUCCACUCCGACACGUUAAGCGUCCCUUUGUGUUCUUUGCAUUCCUGGAGUUUUGUAAUAAUGUUUAUUCGUGACGAUUUAGAUGUGUUUGGCAUUUUUCUUUUUUUUUUAUAUUGAGAAUUUAGUAUUUCUUUCUCAUAGUUUGUCAUUUUAUUGACUAUAAUAGAAUUCGGCAGGUGAAUCGAUGAUAAUAAAUACCACUUGAUGGUAACUUGUUUCUAUUAGAGUCAACUCAUCAAUUAGUUGACUGACAGAACAAUAAUUAUUUAAAUAUUCUAUUAAUUAUUGAUACUAAUGUGGCUUAAAAUUGUUCAGCCUCUUAAAUAUGGAGAUUUCCUUUUUCUAUCAAAUUAAACUGAAGCAUGUAACUUGUUAGAAAUGUGACCCCCGUGUUUCACCUGUAUUAAAACACAAGGACCCUGAACGCACCACAAACACACCCCAAACGGGUUUUUGGGUGGAUUUUUCCUUCAACUCCAGAGCUCCCAGGCUGCAGUGACGCAUUACGUAAUGUUGUUUUAUUUCGUGGUGGUUUGUACAGUGGUUUUAUUUUUGUAUGUUCCUCAUAGUCACCGAUAGCUUUAGAGUCUCAGCACUAACUCUGUUUCCCAGAGCGGUGGAAGCUUUUCUCUCAUUUCGGGGCCUUGUGUUGCUUCUCCGUGUAAAUUAUUUAUGUACAGUACUCCAUAUUUAUUUUAAGCUUUACAAAUAUGCUAGAUGGCAAUAAUACUACCAAGAGUUGAGAACUCAAGCCUUAUAUGUGUAUAUGUAUGUUUUUGUUUUUUUAACAGUCCAUUACAAAAGGUCACGAGGACCGCGGUCCACACGUUGUGAUGGUUUUGUUACAUAUCGUGUCAUAUGCGUCUUAGUGAAACGAAGAAAAUGUUAUAGACCAUACUAUUUAUGAAUAUGCACAUCUGAAGGGUCAGACGCCGUUAACGUUGGUGGUUAAAUGCAGUUUUAACACAGUAAAUCAGUCUUAUAACACACACACACACACACACACACAGCUGCUCCUCUAGAUCAAAACAACAGAAAUAUCAAGUGCAAUAUACCAAUCGAUGGCAACGAUCCACCUGAUGAAACACCUUUUCUCUUGUGCUCUCCCUCGACAUGCAUGCUCAGAAGCUCUAACCGUCAGUAGUAAUUUAUUCGUAGCUUUACCUUUUGUACACACAGACGACAUUUGAUCAAACUAACUCGACUUGAACUUAUUGCAAAGAACUUUUACUGAUGUUUGUGACGACGAUGCCCGUAAAAACCAAAUAGUACACUACAUUGUGAAGACGUCACUAAAACAUGGAAACACGACUUUUUAAACACGACUUUUCGGUUUUUAUAUCCCCAGAAAACGAGGAAUCCCACAAAUGUGCUUGAGUUUUGUACCUGAGACCCUAAACGAGGAACGAGUUCACCGUGUCUGACUGUACACACUGCUGCACUGUAUUUUAUAAUGAGGCUGAAGACGUGCGCUCUUUCGGUAAAGUUCACCCCCCCCCCCCCCCCCUCUACUCACCUGUCUUUUGUGCAAUGACAUGCAGGAACCCGGUGUUGGGAACCCAUGUGUUAUGGAUCUGUCGGAUCAGUUUCAUGUUAUUUGUGUUAUAAGAGUUCGAAGCAUCCGUCAGUCGGAGAUGAUCUGAUUCUUCUUCCCGCCUGUGAUUGUGUGUUGAGGUGCGAGUGUGAUUUUUAUUUUACUUUAAAUCUCAUUUCCCUCCUCCGGCCGUUCGUUGUCAGUAUUUUUAUUUCGUCGACUUGUAAUCGAGUAUAUAUUUUCUCACUAAUAUAUACUUUACAAAAAAAAUAGACUUGCGUGAAGUAUGACGUGCACUUGGUUGCUCUUGUUGAUUUCUUCUGUUUGCAUUAAUAUGGACUAGGGAUAGUUUGUCAGAGUCCAUUAUUUUGAGAUUGUUUGGACUUUUUUUUUAAUGGUUUGAUGUAAGCAGCAUUAUUUUUGUAAAUAUUGUGAAACAGUACAGGUCAUGCAGUGAUGUAACAUUGUGAACAAUGUUGCACAGAUAUUUAAGAUAUUAAAAACAUGGUCACUCUUACUUGAA